AUGGCUCCCACUCAGUGUUUCAACUGCCAGGAGGCCAGGGCAGUCAUUAUCCGACCCAAGAACCGACACAAGCUGUGCAGAGCGUGUUUCCUGGAGAUUUUCGAGACAGAAGUCCACGAGACCAUCACUUCUACCAACCUCUUCUAUCGCGGCGAGCGCAUCGCGAUCGGCGCCAGUGGUGGUAAGGACAGUACCGUGCUGGCAUCUGUUAUGAAAACCCUUAACGACCGCUACGACUACGGACUCGAGUUAUGUCUUCUUUCCAUCGAUGAGGGUAUCAAGGGUUACCGCGACGACAGUCUGGAGACGGUGAAGCGGAACUCGACCCAGUACGAAAUGCCCCUCGAGAUCGUCGGAUACAAUGAACUCUACGGCUGGACGAUGGACCAGGUGGUCGCGCAGGUGGGCAAGAAAGGCAACUGCACGUACUGCGGCGUGUUCCGUCGACAGGCGCUCGAUCGGGGUGCGGCUCGAUUGGGAAUCAAGCAUGUUGUGACGGGCCAUAAUGCGGAUGAUGUGGCGGAGACGGUGAUGAUGAAUCUGCUGCGAGGUGAUCUGCCUCGUCUCUCGCGGGGUACGAGUAUCGUUACUGAUUCUGGGGCGUCGGAGGUGAAGCGGAGUAAGCCGCUCAAGUAUGCGUAUGAGAAGGAGAUUGUGCUUUAUGCGCACCACAAGAAGUUGGAUUACUUCAGUACCGAGUGUAUCUAUUCGCCUGAGGCGUUCCGGGGCAGUGCGCGGACGCUGAUUAAGGACCUGGAGAAGAUUCGGCCCAGUUCGAUUCUGGAUAUUGUGAAGAGUGGUGAGGACAUGGCAGAGUUGGUUCCGAAGCAAGUCACUGGAGGGAAGAAAUGCGGAUCCGGUGCGGCGGAGGAGGAAUCGACUGGAGGCUGUGGUAGCCAGAAUGGCCGGUCCAGCGGCGGAGAAAUGGCCGCGAUGGAAAAGAAACUGACCGAAGACGAUACCGCGCAGUCCAGAGAGACCGAGAUCAAGCUGCCGACUGCCAAUGCUCAGCCUAAGAAGAAGAAGACAGGUUCCAAGAUUACGACCAAGCCGUUGAAGACGCAGACCCUGGGCAAGUGCGAGCGAUGCGGAUACAUUUCCAGUCAGAAGAUCUGCAAGGCGUGCUCGCUUCUGGAGGGAUUGAAUAAGAAUCGACCCAAAACUGCCAUCGAAGUUGGUAUUGGGAUGGAGGAUGAAGAGGGCAGCAGCACUCUCAUGCGACAGAUGGAACAGAUCCAAUUGACAUCGGGAACGGGCUAG